AUGGGUGCCCAAGAUGUGCUGUCCCGCAAGACAGGUGUGAUUGUCGGCGACGACGUCCUCGCUCUCUUCAAGUACGCCCAGGAGAAGAACUUCGCCAUUCCCGCGAUCAACGUCACCUCCUCCUCCACUGUCGUCGCUUCCCUCGAGGCCGCCCGCGAUGCCAAGUCCCCCAUCAUCCUGCAGACCUCUCAGGGCGGUGCCGCUUACUUCGCCGGCAAGGGCGUCAAGAACGGCAACCAGGAGGCUUCCAUCGCCGGUGCUGUUGCUGCCGCUCACUACAUCCGCUCCAUUGCUCCCGCUUACGGUAUCCCCGUCGUUCUCCACACCGACCACUGCGCGAAGAAGCUGCUUCCGUGGUUGGAUGGCAUGCUAGACGCAGACGAGGCGUACUUCAAGGAGCAUGGCGAGCCCCUGUUCAGCUCUCACAUGAUUGAUCUGUCCGAGGAGCCCGUCGACUGGAACAUUGAGACCACCGCCAAGUACCUGAAGCGCGCUGCCCCCAUGAAGCAGUGGCUCGAGAUGGAGAUUGGUAUCACCGGUGGUGAGGAGGACGGUGUCAACAACGAGGACGUUGACAACAACAGCCUGUACACCCAGCCCGAGGACAUCCUCGCCAUCUACAAGGCCCUCGAGCCCAUCAGCCCCUACUUCAGCAUUGCUGCCGGUUUCGGAAAUGUGCACGGUGUUUACAAGCCCGGCAACGUCAAGCUGCACCCCGAGCUUCUGUCCAAGCACCAGGCCCACGUCAAGCAGGCCGUCGGCUCCAAGACCGACAAGCCCGUUUUCCUCGUCUUCCACGGUGGCUCUGGCUCCACCAAGCAGGAGUACCUGGACGCCAUCAGCUACGGUGUCGUCAAGGUCAACCUGGACACCGAUCUUCAGUUCGCUUACAUGAGCGGUAUCCGUGACUACAUGAACGGCAAGAUUGACUACCUCCGAACUGCUGUUGGCAACCCUGAUGGCGAGGACAAGCCCAACAAGAAGUACUUCGACCCCCGUGUCUGGGUUCGUGAGGGUGAGAAGACCAUGACCAAGAGAGUGACUGAGGCUCUCAACGACUUCAACACUGCUGGUCAGCUAUAA